GAGAAGGAGUCUUUAGACCAGUUCAAUUGCAUCGCACCGAAUACUUGCGCAUAGGUCCCACAGAUGACGAUGCAUGGAGUCCGACAUCGCAUUCGUGUUCCGACCACGCUUCUUACUCGGAUAGCUCGGAUACUUAAUAGCUUUCACUCUCCACAGAUCCCAGUUCGUCUGCCACUACCAGCCACUGUACUUACUCGAACAUGGGCCUCCCGGAAACUGGCAGUAGCGACCAGGCAGCUACGGAGGGCUUGCAGCAACUUGGAUACAAGCAAGAGAUGACACGGUCUCGUGGCCUCGCACAUAUCUUGUUCAUGACAUUAGCUAUCAUGGCAGUUCCAUACGGGCUCGCAGCUCCGAUCGCGACUUCGCUUGUGGCAGGUGGACCAGCAGUAAUGAUUUGGGGGUGGAUCUUGGUCGCCGUUCUUACUCAGACCCUUGCCCUAUCUCUCGCAGAGAUUUGUUCGAAAUACCCGACAUCAGCGGGAGCGUACUACUGGUGCUAUCGCCUGGCAUCGCCUCAGAGGCGUCUUGUGAUAUCAUGGAUCAAUGGGUGGCUUACUAUGGUCGGUGUCUGGACCAUUGCUUUAAGUGUCACGUUCGGCACUGCACAGUUGGUGGUUGCGGGCGCAGGAAUAUACUUGCCGAACUGGGUUGCGACACCCUGGCAAACCUAUUUGAUCUUCCUCGCCGUGACAGCCGUUGCAUGCUUCUUUUGCCUCUUCCUCAACAGGCUACUACCAAGCAUUGAUAUUCUGUGCGCAAUUUGGACGGCCCUUGGAAUUAUAGUUAUCUUGAUAUGCCUAUCCUCCAAAGCCGCAGCCGGAAGGCAUUCCGCCGCGUAUGCCCUAGGACAAUAUGACGCUUCAGCAUCAGGCUGGACGCCUGGAUGGUCCUUCUUCAUCGGACUUCUGCCCGUAUCAUACACCUUCUCUGCGAUAGGGAUGGUCGCAAGCAUGGCUGAAGAAGUGCAUAACCCAUCCCAUAUCCUGCCGCAGGCGAUAACCUGGUCGAUUCCCAUUGGCGCGAUAUGGGGAAUUAUCUUUUUGCUGCCUAUCACAUUCACUUUGCCGGACGUAGCGACGCUGAUCUCAGUUUCUUCGGGGCAACCGGUUGGUGUGAUGUUCACUCUCGCAAUGGGAUCUCAAGGGGGAGGAUUCGGGCUUUGGUUUAUCAUCUUCGGCAUAGGCAUGUUCUGCGCCAUCUCCAUCUCGUGUGCAGCAUCUCGUGCAACUUGGGCCUUUGCACGGGAUAAAGCCCUCCCGCUACACACCUACUUCUCCCACGUGAACACACGACUUGACGACGUCCCUGUCAACGCGUACAUCCUGUCUACGGCCAUCCAAGUUCUACUGGGACUCAUCUACCUCGGUUCGUCGGCUGCCUUCAACGCAUUUGUGGGCGUGGCGGUCAUGUGCCUGGGCGCUUCUUACGCGAUGCCGGUGGCGAUUUCGCUGCUCAAUGGCCGGAAAGACGUUCAUGACGCGCCAUUCUCUCUGGGGAAGUGGGGAAACGUUGUCAAUGCGAUCGCCGUGCUGUGGAUAAUGUUCGCGAUCGUGUUGUUCUCAAUGCCAGCCGUGAUCCCCGUCACACAAUCAUCCAUGAAUUAUGCAUCCGUCGUGUUUGUUGGGUUUGGACUUUUUAGUGCAGUAUGGUAUAUGAUCGAUGGACGGCAUCACUAUACGGGUCCUCCUGUGCCGGAAGUCACCGAGAUGAAACAGACUCCAAGCGAAGGUGGCUCGACUGACGAAUGAAAAGAAAUCCU